AUGAUUACCGAAGCUGCUAUCAACACCAGCGUCAGCAUCACGUACUGGGAGCUGCACUAUAUUGUAGCGGUCAACCGUAGCAGCGUCCUCUUCAGCAUCAACAACGCCACACAUGUCCAGCACGGAUGGACGCUGCUGCUGGGCGGGAAAACCGGCUGCUCCAUCGUCUCCCUGCUGUUGAAUAUUGCCGCAUUAACGUAUCAUGUUUUGUACCCGGUCCAGAUCACACCCUUCACCGUCUACUUACUGGCGCUGUUCAUCGCCAACACUGUAUACCUGAUCACCGUGCGCCCGUUGGCCUUACUGGCAGAAUUCUACGGCAUAUGGUUGUGGAAUCAUCCAGCCUGCGUUUUCUACAACUACUGCAACCGGGUCUUGACCGUUGUGCCGAUUUACGGUCACCUGCUGAUCUCGGUCAACCGAUUGUGGGCGGUCAUAUUCCCUUUUUCGUAUCGGGAAAAGCAUACAAAGGUCAUGGUGGCGCUGUUGUGCGUGGGGAUGGUGGGGUACGUGCACGCGCUAGAUCUGCCCCCGUUUUUGGUCGACAUGCAUUAUCACGUGCCAAGGAAUUUCCGAGCGUGUCAGCAUGUUUCAGGGAAGAUGCUGCUGUGGAACCAUGUGGAGAUGUAUUUGAAUCGCAUAUUCCCGCUGGUCUUCAUCUUAACGGCGUAUGUUUUUAUUCUUAUUCAUCGGAGUCAGCGCCGCAACGCAAGAGGCAGUCGCAUCGCAUCGCCCAUUCCCAUGGAAGAUGUUAAAGGUCACGGGAAUGCAGUGGCGCGCGCGCUGUCGCAGAAGCCGCCGCAUCGGAUCGUUAAGCCGUUUGUCGUUUUGACGCUGACGGCGGUCAGCGUGCUGGUGUGCUGGCUGCCGGCGUUCACCUACCAUUUCGGCAUCGUCAAACUGGACUAUGAUGUCGUAUCGAUUCUGUACUCCCUGCAGAUGCUCUUGGAUCCGAUGACGUGGUUUUUCAGCCUUCGCAAGACAUAG